AUGGACGUCUCAAGCCUAGAAAGCGCCUUUGAGCGCAUUACCGUCGCCGACGAGAAUGAGGAGCAGACGACGACUGCUACCUUUCACAAAUCCAAGGGCUCCCUCUCGACCGCCAUGUCCCUCGCCGGCCUCGGCUCCACCACCGCCCCAAACAGAAUGAAGAUCCCACUCCAGAAGCUCCAACAAGGCACCGCCAGCAAAACUCUCACCAGCACGACCACAGUAACCAAGAUCACACUUCCCUCGCAAGCCGCACAACGCUCCUCGGACGAAUCGACCUCCUUCCGCCGCACCGACUCCAUCUUCUACAACCAGCCCUCCUCCGGCCGCAAGUACGAUCUCAGCAUGUUCGACAUCGGGCGGCCGCUCGGCAAAGGCAAAUUCGGUCGCGUCUAUCUCGCCCAAGAGAAGUCCACCGGCUUCGUGUGUGCCCUCAAAACCCUAUACAAGGACGAGAUCCAGAAGGGCAAAGUCGAGAAGCAGGUGCGGCGGGAGAUCGAGAUCCAACAGCACCUCGCGCACCAAAACAUCCUCCGACUCUACGGCUACUUCGACGACGCGAAGCGGAUCUUCCUGAUCCUGGAGUUCGCGGGCCAGGGCGAGCUAUACAAGCACCUGCAGCGCGAGGAGCAGUUCCCAGAGUGGAAGGCGAGCCAGUACAUCGCGCAGAUGGCGGCGGCGCUGAAGUACCUGCACAAGAAGCACGUCAUGCAUCGCGACAUCAAGCCGGAGAAUAUCCUGGUGGGGAUCCAUGGCGAGAUCAAGAUCUCGGAUUUCGGGUGGAGCGUGCAUGCGCCCAACAACCGGCGGCAGACCAUGUGCGGGACGUUGGACUACCUGCCGCCGGAAAUGCUGACGGGCGCGAAGAGCUACAGCGAGAAGGUGGAUUUGUGGAGCUUGGGGGUGUUGACGUAUGAGUUCUUGGUGGGCCGGGCGCCGUUUGAGGAUACGGGGAUGAUGACACAGCGGCGGAUUUGUAGGGUGGAGUACUCUAUUCCUGCUUUCGUGAGUCCGGAUGCGAAGGAUUUGAUUAAGAGGUUACUAGUCCUGGACCCUGAGAAGCGCAUCACGCUCGAUGAGAUCCCAAACCACCCCUGGAUCAAGAAGCACUGCGUUACAGGCGAGCGAGCAUGGAACCGCGCCUCAUCAUUCAAGCCAAGGAGCAGCGACGACAGGACGGAGAGUUGA